CCACAGUUCUUGCGCGAGGUCUGGGGCCUCUACGGCUUCGGCAUACUGAUCCUCCUCCUUCGCUUCGCUGUGCGCAUCAAGACCGUCACAAUCCGUGGCCUGCAGUGGGACGACUUUUUUGCGUUGCUGGUCAUCAUCUUCUACACAAUCGCAUCCACAACGGUGCAUCUUGUCUACCUGCAAGGGUCCAACAUUGAAGGUGUCAUUAUCAGUGCUUCACGGCCUCUGAGCGAUGAGGAGAUCGACCAGCUCCACGAGGGAAGCAGACAGCAAAUGCUGGCCUGGUACACAUACUCGAGUCUCGUAUGGUGCCUGAAGGGCACAAUGGUGUGUUUUUACCUGCGCAUGACAGCGGGCGUUGCCAACAGGCGCGUGGUCGUCUGGCUUGGUUGGGUCUGUAUUGCCACAUACGUUGCAGUGGAGUUGACGAUCACCUUUGGCUGCUGGCCUUAUGCCGGCAACUUCCAGAUCAGUCCUGACCCGGGCACAAAGUGUACGCUCAAGCCACAGAACUUCAUUGUCAUGACAGUGCUCAACAUUAUCACCGACGUGGGCAUUCUGUCCGUUCCCCUGCCGCUCCUGUGGGCCCUCCAGGUCCCGCUGCGUCAGAAGAUUGCCAUCGGCCUGCUUCUAUCCUCGGGCGUCUUCAUCAUCACGGCAACCAUCAUCCGCAUCUCCGUCACGCUCGGCUCGGCACCCAGCGCGCUGACCAUCAACCGGUGGGGCGUCCGCGAGGUCUGCGUCUGCGUCUGCGCGACCACCGCUCCCGUCCUGAGGCCGUUCUUCACCAAGGCCUUCUGGAUGGGG